AUGAGUGGCGAGAAGAAGUUCAUCUGGGACGAGCUCGACGGCGAGGCCGAGCACCCGCCGUCGCGGGGCGCGUCGCGGGCCGAGCGCCGCGCGCGCGGUGCCGCCCCGGUGCGCGGCGGUGCCGCCGGGGACGCCGCGAGCGGCGGCGCGUCGUCGUCGGCGCGCUACGUCUGGGACGAGGCGCUCGACGACGACGCAACUACGCCGGCGCCGGCGCCCCGCGCCGGUGCCCGGGCCGGCGACGCGGAGACCUUCGAGGCCGUGCAGCGGCAGCUGAACGUGCUCCACGGCGAGCUCGCCGAGGCGCGCGACCUCGUGCGGACGCGGCGCCUCGAGCUCAAGCACGCGCGCGAGGACCGCGCCGCCGAGGUCGCGGCCGUCAAGGCCGAGUGGGACGCGAAGCUCGAGGCGCAGCGCGUCGAGCACGCGGCCGCGCUGAAGAAGCAGGAGGACCUCAAGGCCACCCUCAAGGACGACGUGGCCAAGCUCGAGCGCCGCCGCCGCGACCUCCGGUCCGUCAUCGACCGCGCCGACGGGCUCCGGGAGCAGCGCGUCGCCGCGGCGCGGGAGGCUGGGCGGCGCGAUUUGGAAAAGCAGAUGGCCGAGUGGAAGGCCGCGGAGCAAAAGGAGCUCGAGGCCGUCGUCGAGAAGCGGCGCGCGGGCAUCAAGGCCAAGGUCAUCAAGGCGCUCGAGCCCGAGGUGCACCGCCUCAUCUCCGCGAACCGCGACGACCUCGCGAAGAAGGAGCGGGAGCUCGAGGAGGAGCUCGAGCGGGAGCGGCGGACGAUCCUCGCGGAGCACGAGAUCGUCCUCCGGCAGGAGCAGCAGAAAGCCGACGCGCAGAUGGAGCAGCAGCUCAGCGACCUGCGCGAGGAGAACACGAAGAAGCUCAAGGCGAAGCAGGAGGCCCACGACGCGGACCUGCGCAAGCUCUGGGACGAGCACAAGGCCGCGCUCGAGGCGGAGCGGAAAGCGCACGAGGUCGAGUGCGACCGCCUCAAGCAGCGGCGCCAGGUCGAGGAGGCGGAGUUGAAGCGCGAGGAGCACAUCAAGACCGCGGAGCUCGUCGUCGAGCACGAGCGGCACCUGCAGCUCGACCGCGAGAAGGUCGAGGCCGAGGAACGCGAGGCGCAGGCCGCGUACGAGCGCGAGCGCGCGGCCUACCAGGCCAAGUUCCUCGCGGAGCAGGAGGCGGCGAAGCCGGCGAAGAUCGACAAGCUCGUCGCGCCCAUCAGGGCCAAGUACGACGCGGAGCUCGCGGAGGUCCUCAAGCGGCUCGAGGCCGACGCGCAGCGCGAGCGCGACGCCUUCUCCGCGAAGCUCGAGGCCAAGACGGCGGACCUCGAGGCGAAGCACGCCGACGCCAUCACGAAGAUGAAGGAGCAGAACGCGGCGGCCAUGGCCCAAUACAUGGCCGUCGCGGCCGAGGAGGCGAAGCUCCGCGACGAGUGCGAAACCGUCAACCGCAACACCGCGCGCCUCGUCGCGGAGACGGAGGCCCUGGAGCAGGAGGUCGCCGAGUCGUCGGGCAAGAAGGCCGACAUGACGCGCCAGCACGAGCUCAAGGUCGAGGCGCUCGACAAGCAGUUCGAGAAGUUGAAACGCGACAAGGAGGCCAAGAUUCGAAAAGCCCACGCGGACUUCGCCGCGCUCGUCGAGAAGGAGAAGGAGAUGGCGAAGCAGCACACGCACGAGCGGCGCUGCCAGCUCGACGCGCAGCACCAGGAGCUCGAGCGCAUCGACGCGAAGAUCGACGCGGCGCGGCGGAAAAAACUGAAGCGCAAGGAGGAGCUGCUCGCGCAGGUCGACGCGCUCCAGCGCGAGAACGCGGAGCGCGAGCGCGCGCUCGAGGACCUGCGCACGCGGCGCAUGCUCUCCGAGUCCCGCGACUCGGAGCGGCCGCCGCCCGCGCCGCCCGCGCCCGCGGAAGCGGACGAGCCCAAGCCGAAACGCGCGCCGCGGCCGCCGGGCCGGCCCGAGAUGGCGUUCGGCGCGCGGCGCGACCUCGGCCGGGGGCUCUCGCCGAGGGGCGGGGACGCAUAG